AUGGAAGAUCUGGCUCUCCUUGACCUGUUGGAGUGUCCUGUGUGCUUUGAAAAGCUCGAUGCCACAGCGAAGGUGCUGCCUUGCCAGCACACUUUCUGCAAGCCCUGCCUGCAGAGGAUCCUGAAAUCCCAGAAGGAGCUCAGGUGCCCCGAGUGCAGGACCCUGGUCCUCUGCAGCAUCGAACAGCUGCCCUCCAACCUGCUCCUCAUCCGCCUCCUGGAUGGGGUCCGCUGUGGACAAAACGCUACCAGGUUCGGCUCCAUCCAGAGGUCGGGGGUCCUGUCCUCCCCUGCCUCCCUCCGGAGAGUCCCCAGGGGGCUGCAGCUCCAUCAGCACCGGCUGGCAACAAAUCCCAGGAUCCACAUGGAAGGGGUCCCACGAGCCAAGGCCCUCUACACCUACCGAGGGCACAACCCCGGGGAGCUGAGGUUCAACAAGGGGGACACGAUCGUGUUGCUGCGGCAGCUGGAUGAGAACUGGUACCUGGGGGAGCUCAACGGAACCAGCGGCGUCUUCCCGGCCGGCUCCGUGCAAGUCAUCAAACACCUACCCCUGGCCCUGCCCCUGGGCAGAGCUCUCUACAGCUGUGACCUGAGGAGCAGGGACAAGCCCCAGAACAAGGACAACCUGAUGUUUCACAAGACCAACACCACGGCACGGCAGCUCCUCCAGACCAGCAAGAGCCACUGGUCCCCCCAGUUCAAGUCGGGGUCCCUGCGGACGGCGUCCCCCAAAGCCAAGGGCGCGGAUCCGCCGGCAUUCCCCAAGGUUCCCGACUCCAGGAGGAAGAGCCCGAGGCAGUUCUCCAUCACCACUGCCCUCAACACCCUCAACAGGAUGGUUCAUGCACCCACAGAGAGGCAGGCACUGGAGAUCAGCUCCCCCGUGCUCAUCAGCUCCAGCAACCCCACUGUCAACACCCAGAGCAGCGAGAAAGCAGAGCUUCCCUAUGGCACCCCUAUCCAGGUCAGUGCAUCCCACUACCCCACACCAGGAUCCCUGGGGCACUCUGCAGCCAUCGUCACUCUCCCCCACCUGCAGCACCACAUUUCAGCUUACAUGUGUGUGGCUCUCCAUUCCUACGUGGCUCACGGACCAGAGGAGCUGGAGCUGCAGAAGGGAGAAGGGGUCCGUGUCUUUGGGAAGGAGCAGGAGGGGUGGCUGCGGGGCAUGUCCCUGGUCACCGGCAGAGUGGGCAUCUUCCCCAGCAACUACGUUGCUCCCCUCUUCAGGAAAUCUAAUCUCUCCGACUCCAAGAUGCCUUCCCUGUAUGCCUCCUGGACCCUCUCCACCUCCUCGCUCUCCUCGCAGGGCAGCAUCUCGGAGAGCAGCCCGAGGCAGAGCAGAGCCCUGAAGCCGGUGCUGCUGCCCGUGCCCAUCCCCGCUGCCGGGAGGGGCUCUGCCGGGGCACAGACAGCGCUGCGGAGGGGCCGGGGCAGCACCAGGAGGAACGGAUCCCUGCAGAGGCCGGGGCAGGCAGGGACCCCGGUGCAGGUUUCUGGCUCCCUCCGGCGUCCUCCCACGGGACGACCUCAGCAGCUCCAGCUUUACCACCCGGCCAGCGCCCAUCCCCCGGGCAUCCUGGCUGCAGUUGCCAUGGCCGAGCCGGGAGGGAGACCAAGUUUCUGCCACGACGCUUCCCCGGCACCGGUGGGCAGAGGAGGGGAAAGCAGAACUCCCUCCGUGUGCAGCUCUGUGAUCCUGGACACCAAAGAACCCCCAGCCAAGAGCGAGGCAGCUCCAAAGCCCCCGGCCUCAGCCCCACCAUCCAUCCUGGUGAAGCCAGAGACCUCCCGCAACGGUGCUGAAAAGCAAGUGAAGACAGUGAGGUUCCAGAACCACAGCCCACCACCUCCCAAGAGGCACAGCCUGCAGCCCUCUCCCAGCCUGGCCCGUGGCCGGCCAGACCCACUGGCCACAGCAGAGGCCAUGCUGCUGCCCGAGGCCAGCCCGCCCGGCCCCGAGCUGGCCCUGCUCUACUCGCCCAGGACCACCUCCAGCCCCCUGCCCCAGAGGCGGCCGCUGCACCCCAAGGCGUUCUCCCUGGACCUCUCGGGGCCUCUGACCUUCCCCAUCAGGAAGAGCUACAGCAGCGUUUCUGCCAACUGACAGGGACAGUCCCCCCCUCCUCAGUCUCAGUCUCCUCCCCUCCCUCAGCCAAAGCCCCCACCAGCCUGCUGUCCCCCAUGC